GAGAGGUCUAGCGUUCCCCCAUUGACUGAGCAACCAACUUCGGGUUUACGGGAAUUUGGUUACCUAAAAUAGGGUUCGUUCAAUGUUGUCCUGUACACUGAUUUCGUCAAAUUUGUGAAUAAAGUAACUAUGAAAAGAAGCUCCUAAAAAAGUGGAUAAAGACGUGGUUUGAACACGGGAGGUGGAAUAGAAGAGAGAAGAUACAGGUUAAUUCCGGCGGCCCCAUCUGUGUGCCAGAAGAACGCGGAGAGAGAGAUUGGACAUUCUGGAACCCCCAGCGGGACGUUCUCGUUUUCAGCCACAGAGCUUCCAAAAGUCCCAAAGCCCUGAGGAUCAAGUCAACAAACUGAUGCAGACUUCUUCAACUUUUCAGAAAAGGCCUUCAAAUGAUGGUGGCGAACCGGGAGACGGAGGGAGAGAGAGGGAGUCAGGCUGCUGACGUCUCAUGUGGUAGAUAUUAAAAUAAAGCGGGUGGUAAUGGGAAACAGGGCGUAAAGGCUGCUGGCUGUCUUGUCCUGCCCUGUAACCGAGCAGAGCCCCAAUGCCAGUGGACAUGCAGCCACAUCAGAGGCUGUAUCAUUAUGAGUCUACACCCAACCAGCCGCCCAGAGGUCUUACUCCAUCAGGAAGGUCACCCUACAGUGAUGUGUCAUCGCUCCGUGCUCCACUCCACAACGGCCAGCCUAUGGACUGCAGGAACAUGUACAACCCUAUGACCCCUAACCCCAUGACCCCUAAUCCCAGGACCAACCCUAACUCUGGGGUCAACCCCAUGGACCAGUACAUGCGGCCCCCUCUGGCCCCCCCACUGCACAGCAUGAUGGGACACCGUGGCAUGAAUCAGUUCUCCGAUGGUGGAAACAGCUCCCCCUACUGUCAGAACAACCUCAUGUCAUCCCACUAUGGCUUCCCCCACGGCCACGGAUCAGACCACAUGGGAGGUGGUUGGCGGUUCUCCACGCCUCGCUCCAUGCUGAAGCUGAGUAAGAAGCGUGCUCUGUCCAUCUCUCCUCUUUCUGACGCCAGCAUGGACCUCCACACGGUCAUCAGGACCUCUCCUAACUCACUGGUGGCAUUUGUCAACUCACGAUGUGGACCAAAUGGAGGCUCCUCCUAUGGACAUCUGUCUGUUGGUGCUAUGAGUCCGUCUAUCGGUCUCUCCAACUCCAUGAACUACCAGUCCAGACAACAAGGCUCAAUGUACGGUGGACACACCCCGGGACCCUGCCACGCCCCUACCACCAGAAUACCCCCACACAACCCCCGACUCCACCCACCCAAACAUGGACACCUGAAGACAGAACCCGGACUGGGCAAUGUGAUGGAUGGGAUCAAUAUUAAGUGUCUGGAGGAGAGAUCCGAGGGAGACAUGGCCAGCCCUUCUUCCACUGGCACACAGGAUCCUCUGCUGGGUCUGCUGGACUGCCGGGAGGAUCUGGAUAGGGAGGAGAAACCGGAGCCAGAGGUCAUCUAUGAGACCAACUGCCACUGGGAGAGCUGCAGCAAGGAGUUUGACACGCAGGAGCAGCUAGUGCACCACAUCAACAAUGAGCACAUCCACGGGGAGAAGAAGGAGUUUGUGUGCCACUGGCAGGAGUGUUCCAGGGAGCAGAGACCAUUCAAAGCCCAGUACAUGCUGGUGGUUCACAUGCGUAGGCACACAGGAGAGAAACCACAUAAGUGUACUUUUGAGGGCUGUAAUAAGGCCUACUCCCGCCUGGAGAACCUGAAGACACACCUGAGGUCUCAUACGGGGGAGAAACCAUACGUCUGUGAACACGAGGGCUGCAACAAAGCCUUCUCCAACGCCUCAGACAGAGCCAAGCACCAGAACCGUACACACUCCAACGAGAAGCCUUACGUGUGUAAGAUCUCUGGGUGUACUAAGCGCUACACAGACCCCAGCUCUCUGCGGAAGCACGUGAAGACUGUCCACGGCCCUGAGGCUCACAUCACCAAAAAGCAUAGAGGAGACACUGGGCCUCGGCAGCCAGGCUCAUCACUGACACCUGGUGGACAGCGUGGUGAACUGCUGCUGGAGAAAGAAGAGGCUGGACACAGGGAGGACUGCAAACUGCUGGCACCUGAGAGCACUCUGAAGUCUCAGCCCAGCCCGGGUGGCCAGUCUUCCUGCAGUAGCGAGCGCUCUCCACUGGGGAGCGCCAACAACAACGACAGCGGUGUGGAGAUGAACCUGAAUGCAGCUGGCAGUCUGGAGGACCUGACCGCUCUGGAGGACGGAGGGGCAGGAGGAGGCUGCGAGGCGGGGUGCUCAGGGGCAGGGAUGGGGGGCAUGUCAGCACAUGCCCUGAAGAGACUAGAGAACCUGAAGAUAGAGAAGCUGAAACAGGUCAGAAGACCAACUCCGCCCGGAUGCUGUGGUGGGGGGAACAAGCUGCCUGCACUCACAGGUGGUCCAGGGGAGAUGAUGGGAGGGAUGUGUUCUCCCUCGCCCCUCCUCUCCAACCGCCGAGUCAUGGAACUGUCCAAUCACGAGCUGGGAGGUGGAUCCUCUGGCAUGGUCUGUCCUAUCAGUGACCGGAGGGGGAGUGGCACCAGCAGCAUGAGCUCGGCCUACACAGUGAGCCGUCGUUCUUCCAUGGUUUCCCCCUACCUCUCCAGCCGACGCUCCAGCGAGGUCUCCCAGCUAGGAGGAGGGGGAGCUGGGGGAGGAGGAGGAGGAGCAGGGUUCCUGGGUUCUGACCAGGGAGGAGGUGACCCCAUCCCCCCUGAGACCAGCUGCAGAGGAGCACCCUGCCGUGGUGUAGGAGGGGCAGCAGGAGGGUUACCAGAGAUGUCUAGUCUAACGCCAGCCCAGCAGUACAGCCUGAAGGCUAAGUACGCAGCAGCUACUGACGGCCCACCCCCCACCCCACUACCCAGUAUGGAGCAGGGACCGGGAACAGCCAGGAGGAGAGGAGGCUUCCUCAGCGAGUACCAGGGUCAGCCGCUGCCAGCGUUCCUGCAGUAUGGUGGUCCCAGGAGACAAAGUGCCAACACGGGAGAGUAUGGCACCGGGGUCAUCUACCCCCACCAAGUCCCAGGGAAUGUCACCCGGCGCUCCAGUGACCCCGUCCGUUCCACUGGCAACCCCCAUGCCCUUCCCAAGGUGCAACGCUUCAAUAGCCUGAACAACCUGGCCAUGAUGGGCCGGAGGAACGCCCUGCAGCAUUGUGGGUCAGACGCCAACAUCAGCCGCCAUAUGUUAUCCCCGCGGCCACCCAGCAUCACAGAGAACGUCAUGAUGGAGGCCAUGGCCAUGGACGCCCAUGGUGGGACCGUGGAUAACAGGGACCAUGGCAUGAUGCUUCCCCCAGGAGAGAGAGGCUUCCUGGGCUACCAGAACCACCACAUGGGGGGUCCCUCCAGCCAGUUAUCACCCAGCCACGACAGCCUGGGCUGCCCAGAGCAGGGCUAUCAGCGAGCAACAGAGACGUCCAUCCAGGGUGGGCACUACCAGGGUACUACCAGGGGACCAGGCCAGGGCCAGAUGGAGCCAGGGGGACCCAUCCACUCAGAGGGGAUGUCCAACACCUUGCUACAGCAGGCUGAGUACAGCAUGAGUACCUGCCAGCUCAGCCCCUCUGAACCACACUACCCCCGCCUGGGCCAGGGAGGGCCCGAUGGAGGUGCAGGGCCCUGGGAGGAGAGCAGUCAGGUCCAGACCCCUCAUGGAGCUCUCCAGACAGGGAUGCAGUACCAGGACCAGGCCUCUAUGCAGGGCCAAGUCCAGACACAGGGUCUCUACAGCAGCCAGCAGAGUCUGUACACCCAAGGCCAAGAUGGAGGCCACCAGAAUCUGAACAUCAAACCAGAGCAGCAGCAGUAUCAUCCAGCCCUUGCCAACCCAGACGCCUGCCAAAAGCAGCACCAACACCAACAACAGCAGAGGCCCCACCCAGGGCAGACACCCAUGCCCAUGGGACCCAUGUCCCCUCAGAGUUACCCCCAGCCGGGGCAACCUGGCCAAGGCAUGAUGAGGACUAUUAACCCCUCCUGUAACUUCCAUGGUGGAGGGAUGGAGAACCAGAUCCAGGCCUCCAUGCAGCAGGGACAGCAGCAAAGCGGGGGCCUCAGCGUGGGGUCGGCUGGUCUGGGGCCUGGGGGCCGGUCUCAGACACCAAUGAUGCAGGUGAAGGAGAUGAUGGUGAGGAACUAUGUGCAGUCGCAGCAGGCUCUACUGUGGGGUCAGGAGCAGGACCAGAGGGGGAUAGCAGCAGAGGGAAAACCCCUUCCUUUGUCAGACAGCAUGGACAUGACAGGACAACAGGUGGCCAUGAUGCAUCAGCAGCCUAGUCCCCAGCAACAACACCAACACCAUCACCAGCAACAACACCAGCCCCAGGAACAACACCAACACCAGCCACAACACCAACACCAGCCCCAGCAACAACACCAACACCAGCCCCAGCAACAACACCAACACCAGCCCCAGCAACAACACCAACAAAGCCUCUACCCCAAGCCAAACUCCAGCUUCCCAGGCUAUUCCACCAACCAGAACCUGAUGAUCCCCCUAGGCCAUAGCAGAGGAGGCCCCAGCUCCGGCUCCUCCAUCCCCUCUAACGAGGUCCCCAUGAUGAGCCUGCCUGGAGGGCCAGGGUCCUGCUACAGCCAGGAAAUGGGAGUCCCUGUGGUCCCUAGACCACCCCAGGGCCGGAAGCCUCUCAUCAGGCAGAAUAGCCUCCAGUCCCAGCCAGGAGGAGGGUACCUGGGCAGUCCUCCACACGUCAGCCCAGUCCAGUCUACCUCCAGCCCAAGGAGAGCAGUCCGACUGCCCCCUGUCCUGCGCUCUCAGACCCAUCGGGAGAUCUUCUCUCCCUCCAACAAUAGCAACAUGUAUUACUCGGGCCAGAUCCACAUGCAGCACCCUGACAUGGACAAGCAGCAGAUCCAAAUCCAGCGGAUCACCCAUCCUCACCAGGACCCAACCCAGACCGGGCCCUGCCUCAACCAGCACCAGGGGCACCUGGUGACCCAUAUGGACCAUCAGCGGAACAAGUCUGCCCAGCUGGGCUACCUCCAUGACCAUGGGUCCACCCCCAUCUCCAAUGCUCUGGAGAACGUGGAUCUGGAUAAUGCCCAGAUAGACUUUACCUCCAUCAUUGAUGACCCAGACCCCUCGUCCUUCAGCCCCGUCAAUCCACCUCUCCAUGGGGGUUCAUCCCAGACCUCGUCUCGUCUCACCACCCCACAGACCUCCACCACCCUGCCCUCCUCUGUGCUCCCCAACAUGGCUGUAGGGGACAUGACCUCCAUGCUCACCUCUCUGGCUGAUGAGAACAAGUACCUGAAUACGUUGUCUUAGAACCUGAACACGCUCAUAAAGUUGACUAGAGGGGCUCAUCUAUCUGUCUCGAGAGACUAAGUAACUGAAGAUACUGUCGUAGUACAAGUACCUAGACUGUCCUAGAGUGGACCCUAGGGCCACAGCCCGUUGGUGUUAGCUUACCACUUAACAUAGAGUUACAGGAAAUGACUGUGGAGAGUAAAGGUACUGAAAAGAUGUACCCUUUGUCUUGGCCUCACACAGACGUGUUCUGUCCCUGGCCAGGAUGAACAGAUACACAGCAGCUACUCCUUAGAGGACUUAGAGCCAAACCAAAGGUGCCUACUGAUCUUGAUCACUGUGUUCUCUUGUCUCACGAGAAGAUCACUGACUUUGGAGUUGCUUUGUACAAUACUGUUGCUUUGUACAAUACUGUUGCUUGGUACAAUACUGUUGUUUGGUACAAUACUGUUGCUUGGUACAAUACUGUUGCUUGGUACAAUACUGUUGCUUGGUACAAUACUGUUGCUUGGUACAAUACUGUUGCUUGGUACAAUACUGUUGCUUGGUACAAUACUGUUGCUUGGUGCAAUACUGUUGCUUGGUGCAAUACUGUUGCUCGGUACAAUACUGUUGCUCGGUACAAUACUGUUGCUCGGUACAAUACUGUUGCUCGGUACAAUACUGUUGCUCGGUACAAUACUGUUGCUCGGUACAAUACUGUUGCUCGGUACAAUACUGUUGCUCGGUACAAUACUGUUGCUUGGUACAAUACUGUUGCUCGGUACAAUACUGUUGCUCGGUACAAUACUGUUGCUCGGUACAAUACUGUUGCUUAGUACAAUACUGUUGCUUAGUACAAUACUGUUGCUCGGUACAAUACUGUUGCUUAGUACAAUACUGUUGCUCAGUACAAUACUGUUGCUCAGUACAAUACUGUUGCUUAGUACAAUACUGUUGCUUAGUACAAUACUGUUGCUUAGUACAAUACUGUUGCUUAGUACAAUACUGUUGCUUAGUACAAUACUGUUGCUGGGUACAAUACUGUUGCUCAGUACAAUACUGUUGCUUAGUACAAUACUGUUGCUUAGUACAAUACUGUUGCUUAGUACAAUACUGUUGCUUAGUACAGUACUGUUGCUUAGUACAAUACUGUUGCUUAGUACAAUACUGUUGCUUAGUACAAUACUGUUGCUGGGUACAAUACUGUUGCUCAGUACAAUACUGUUGCUUAGUACAAUACUGUUGCUUAGUACAAUACUGUUGCUUAGUACAAUACUGUUGCUUAGUACAGUACUGUUGCUUGGUGCAAUACUGUUGCUUGGUACAAUACUGUUGCUUGGUGCAAUACUGUUGCUCGGUACAAUACUGUUGCUUGGUACAAUACUGUUGCUCGACAUAAUACUGUUGCUUGACGCAGAACUGUUUGCCUGAAAUGACUGUCAUCACCAUAACGACGUCAUCGCCGUAAUGACAUCAUCACCAUAAUGGCGGUCAUUUCAGUCAUAGAGGUUCUUUAGGGCAACAGAGAGGGUACCACCAUGUAAAUGAGUUAUACAUGUAUAUGCUGUGUAUAUGACAAUGUUGACAGGGAUGGAACUCUAAUGUCUGUCUCGUGGACUGGACUCCAAGGCCUCACUCUUCUGGAAUGAGACCGGAGGAAAACAGAGCUGCUCCAAGGAAGAAUGUAAAAAGAAAAUGACUGAUAGACACCUGAGUGCUUUGAAGAUUCAUCUAUAUUCCCAGGGACACACUCCUGUCAGGGACACACACACGAUAGUGAUGACACACACACACACAUAGUGAUGGCACACACAUAAUGAUGACACACAUACACGAUAGUGAUGACACACACAAAAUGAUGACACACACACACGAUAGUGAUGACACAAGCACAUAGUGAUGACACACACACACACAUCAUAAUGAUCAACAUAUCGUAUCAGUAUUCACGCAGAGGCCCUUUUUGGCAUGAAUCUGCUUCCAUACUCUGGAUGUGUUGUACGGUAAAGAGCCCAUGUUUUUAGACAGCUUGUUUACACCCCAUACAAGUUACACGUUUACUCUUGUUAAGUGUCCCUAAAGCAGCUCACUCUUUUACAAGUAUAGGAGUUAUCGGGGAGGAAUAUAAAAAGUGUCUUUUAGUCUUAACGUAAUAAUGGGGCAUAAGAGGUACAGAGAAUAAAAGAGAGAUGGGGAGGGAGAGAGAGAAAGGUUGGCACCACCGAAUGAUAUAAAGUAUAUUUUUGGGCAGUACAGUCUCACAGGACCGAACUCCAUCACCUGUUGUACGUACUGUUGUUUACAGGGUCUUAACGAUGCCUUCACUUACCCUGAACAUGUUCAACAGGGUGUAUCAGAGGUACUUUAACGUGUAUAGGACUGAGCUGCAGGAUUUGUGGCCCUCUUGACUAUAGAGAUCGAAUCAGUCUACCCAAUAUGCUGUCGUUGACAACAUAAAAUAGGGAUAGGAACGUUCCAUAGAGGAUAUUUUUAUAGCGAUGACAGCCUGUUCGGAACCAAUGACCAGUAGAACUGAUAUCACAUGACAGGACAUCAUAUCGUAGCAUUACACUGACUGCAGCACAGCAAGGCACACCAACAGAGGGUAUCUCUCUCUCCUUGGCUUUGUGACAGUCCAAGAGGCCAACACAUACAGGAGGCCUAUGUGGCUAUGAUUUCACGUAAAUGUCACCUUGGAGGACAAUGAAAAGUACCUGACAGUAGUAUCUAUCUGUUUGAAUUGUAAUUCUAGAUCACCUUUACACACAUUUACAGUAGAUCCUACGAGGCUGUCUUUCAUUUCAGUAUUGGUGCCUUUUUAAAAAUCCUUAAAAAAACGAUUAGUACUGUUCUGUAGUUGUUAAUACAACAUUAGGGCCUAGAGUUAGUCGUCAUGGAAACUCCUGGUCCUAUCCAUGACUAACCGUUGACAUUUGAGCUAGUUUGCGAAACCGGUGUACAGACUUCCGGGCCAACCAAAGACGAUUUGAACUAACAAUAUUCAAUGAAUAAAAAUAAAAGAUGCACCAAUUCAUUUGACACAAUACUGAUAAUCACAGUACAGCGAUGAAGGUGUGAAUGGUUUGAUACCGCUGUUACUUAGAAUGUAUGAUUUUAUUUUAUUUUAAUAAAAGUAACAUGUUCUAUUUUUUGGGGGGUUUUAUAACAACACUUUAUCAUGGAUAUAUGUCUUUCUCUGUGUAGUGUGUUUUGACACCUGUUUGUCACCGUUCAAUCAUAUGACGUUUUGCUGGCAAAAUAAUAUUAUUUUAAGCAACAAUGGCUAUAAUAAUAGCGUUUUACUAUAUACACGACAGCCGAGUGAUAUAUUUUAUACAAAUGUACUAUAUUUUACCAGUUAUUAAGAAAUAAACAUUUUCAACUUGG